GUCUUCUCCGUUGCUGCUAGUCUGACCGGGAGAAAGUAACGAAGAUGGAAGGAGCUGAUGGUGUUGAAUUAAUAAGGAGAUUUACGGACUAGCGAAGGGUCAGUCUUUUACCGAAAUCUGUGGCACCGCUAAGGACAUAAAUACCAGGAACCCGACGGGUAGCAUGCCAGUAGAAGCGACUCUACUGCAGAUGAGGGAACAUGUUGGCUAUGGACCAAGGAGUGGUGGAGGAAUGGCUGUCAGAAUUUAAGACCCUCCCUGACAGUGCUAUCUCCACCUACGCCGUUUCACUUAAAGACAAAGCCUCUCUGAUACCUGCUCUCUACAAAGUCAUACGAGAAAACUACAGCGACCUGCUGGAGCCAGUUUGUCACCAGUUGUUUGAGUUCUACCGGAGCGGUGUGCCACAGCUGCAGCGUUUCACACUGCAGUUCCUGCCAGAGCUUCUGUGGAGCCUCUUGUCUGUCAGCGCUGCCAGAGACCCCCACACGUCCGGCUGUAUUGAGGCACUGCUACUGGGCAUUUACAACCUGGAAAUCGUUGAUAAAGAUGGGCAAAGUAAAAUAUUAUCUUUCACCGUCCCUUCCCUCUCUAAACCCUCGGUGUAUCAUGAGCCAUCAGCCAUCGGCUCCAUAGCUCUUACAGAAGGAGCUUUAGCCAAUCACGGGCUGAGCAGGGUGGUGUACAGCGGUCCCCUCCUCCAGAGAGAAAAUUUUACAGCUCAAAACAGAUUUGAGGUGCUGACCUUCCUGCUGCUGUGCUACAACGCAGCUCUUAGCUACAUGACCCCCACCUCCCUGCAGUCUCUCUGUCAGCUUAGUUCCAGGGUGAGCAUAUGUGGUUACCCACGGCAACAGAUGAGACGCUAUAAAGGCAUUAGCACACGACUGACGGUCACAUCAGAGUUCUUGGUUCAGCUCAUUACAGGGAUCCACUACGCCUUGUGUAACGGUGAAGUCGAUCUGGGAUCCAAAGCACUCGAUGAUGUCCUCUAUCGAGCCCAGCUGGAGUUGUUCCCUGAGGCCCUGUUGGUGGGUAAUGCCAUCAAGUCUUCACUACACAGUGCUGCACUGAAAAGCAAUAUUAGAGAGGGUGGUCGAAGUAUCCAGGUGGAAAUCACGCCCACAGCCUCCAGGAUCUCCCGCAAUGCUGUCACCUCUCUCUCUAUACGGGGGCACAGGUGGAAGAGACACGACGCAGUGGAUCUGGGUUCCCCGGAUGAGCUGAUGGAUAUAUCUGAAGUAGAUGAAGGGGUUUGGCCGGGAGCAGUGGGGCCUGACAUGACCCCGCCCACCAUCACUAUCAGCAAUAGCACCACCACGCUGAACCUUGGAGUUAAGGCCAUGAAGAAGUGUUGGCUCGGCGGGCGCAGCAGCAAGGACAAGGAGUCCGGGCCUCUGACAACGGGUCGGGCGGCAAACGAGAAUGCAGAGCUGUCUGUCAAGCGGCUAACCCUCACUUCCAGCCAGUCGGUGCCCAGAGCGGGCGCUCUCACCAGCCUGACACGCACUGCCAGCGCCGUCUUCUCUCGCUCCUUUGAGCACGUGGCCAGCGGUAACCCUGUUCCCACCAGCAACCACACAGCCUCCGAGGCAGGCCGAUACUCUUGCAGCCUGCAGGAGGAUGGGAUGGGGUACUUGAGUCCCACGCCAAACCACACCCAGCGCUCCCCAAGCAUUAGCAUUCACCUCGGCUCUGACCUUUGAACCCUUUAAGACUCUUUUUAUUCAUAUGAACCCUCAUCUCUGAUCCUGUGAUCUUGUGACCCUGUUCCUGUGAUCUGGAACUCCAAGCCAUGCCGACUGCAUUUAACUACAAAAGUGUGAAGAAACACUCCCCGUUUUCCUGCAUCACUCCAUUUUUAGGCGUUUCUGAUUCUCUGUGCUGUAAACCGGCUUGUGUUCUUGCUUCAUUCAAACAUCCAGAGCAGCUCAGUGAAUGAUGCAGGGAGGGCAUCGGGUACACCACUUUCAGGUUCCUUAUUUUUACUUUGUUUUUUAAUAAUGUAUUCGGGGUAACGUCAAGGAAGGACAUCAGUCUACCAUCAUAAAUAGAUGCACUUAAAAUGAUCACUAAAACAAAAAACGGUUUAAAAAGUUAUUACACCUGAUUUGUUGCUCAGUUUUCCUUCAUGCUCUUCUUAUGUCUGUAUGUAUGAUUAUGCAUGUUUUUUUUUGUUUUGUUUUUUUAGAAAAAAGGCUGCUGAUUGCUACUUUGAGCAAAGCUUAAUUAUCUUAGGGGGAAAAAUUGUCUCUACUACUUUUAUAAUACCAGUUAAUUCAUUCUCAUAGCAAUACGAAUCGCUUCUGUUCAGUAUUGUCUUUUUUUUAUGCUUCUGUGCUAAACACUCCAACCUCUGUCCGCAUUGGGCAGCAAUUUUAAACGUGCUUUUGAAAAGUUUUUGAUUCUUCCUGAACUGCAUUAAAAACAAGCCACUCGAAUAAUCAACCAGUAUGCAUAGAAUCGGAUCUUCUGUUUACAAUCACACAGUAUUCUCACCGCGAUGGAGAAGCAAUACUUUCCUUCCACCUCGCUCCUUUAGCACCUUCCUUUAUAUGCCGGCUCGUUAACGGCAACACCUCUUAAAGAUGAUGAUUUACAUUUUUUUGGGGUGAUGGGUAUGAAUGAUUGAGUAUAAAAUUUUGCACAAAGGACAGCUAAUCAGUUGUUAGGAACUUUGGUAUUUUCAUACGAAAAAGAGGUUUUGACUCUUUCACUGUAUUUUUCCAAAGAGGGACAUUGUUUUUUUGCUCCAUAAAGACUCUUUCCAAACUUUAAAACACGGACGGCAGCAGGUCUAUCAGAUACAGUGUUUUCUGAUUUCUACCUGAACUUUAAGAGGAGUGGGCACCUGUAUGACAGGUAGCCAUCUUUUGUGUUCUAACCCACUCAUUAAAAUGUUUGUUGUACUAAAGUGUUGUAAUUCCUGCUCCCCUCUUUUUCAAUACUUCAUCCCAGUGUCACCAAACAUGCUAACAGAAAGAAAUUAAUAAAACUCAAACCAUGUGCUACAAUUGAUGUCUGAAAUCAAGCGACUGUGCUGCCCCACCCUCAAGCAGUCUGUUUACUAUAGUUGUUGAGUGUCUAUAGCUUGGUGGGACAAUACCAAUCAUGUUUCGUCAUAUGGGUUUACAGUAAAAUGUUAAGCUAUCCUUGUACAUCAUACUGUUAUACUAAAGUUGGUUAUAUUUGCCUUUCUAUGUCUGAAAAUAACUCACUGCUACUUCUGGAAAUAAAGUGUUUCUAUAUUUAA